GUCAAAGUCUUUCGACGUCAUGUAUCUACGUUUUGGCUUAUGAGCGACAAAGAUCCUGUUAAGCAUAAAAAGUCUGCAAAUGAGAGUGUUCCAGAUGAUUGCCGAUUAAGAUUUCUGUGCAAUGCAAAAAGCAGUUUAACCUCAGUAUGAGCAUAUCUUUUUAUCGGUGAACAUGUGUUUGUGAUGCGUCCAACGUACCAAAACCAAAGAGUUCAGUGCAAUGCUUGAGCUCAGAUUAUAACACCGUAUUCCGAUUCCUUAGAAAUGUUAAAUUAUGUGUCCUUGACUGUAUUUAUUUUUGUACCGUAUGCCGCCAAUAUACCCAACGUGGUUGACGCGCCUUUCUUUCAAAUAAAAAAAAUAAACA